AGCAGCACAUUCAUCCGCUGCCAAGAGGAGCUGCCGGGCGCUCGCAGGCUUGCAGGCUCAGCGCGCGCUGCUCUCGGAAGGACGCGGCCGCCGCGCCAAAGCCCAGCCGCCACCGUCUCUCUGCGUGAGCCAUGGCCGGCCUCGGCCACCCCGCCGUCUUCGGCCGGGCCACCCACGCCGUGGUGCGGGCUCCGCCCGAGUCCUUGUGCCGCCACGCGCUCAGGCGCUCCCAAGGCGAAGAGGUGGAUUUCGCUCGUGCCGAGCGUCAGCACCAGCUCUACGUGGGCGUGCUGGGCAGCAAGCUGGGGCUGCAGGUGGUGCAGCUGCCGGCCGACGAAAGCCUGCCCGACUGCGUGUUCGUGGAGGACGUAGCCGUGGUGUGCGAGGAGACCGCCCUCAUCACCCGCCCCGGGGCGCCCAGCCGCAGGAAGGAGGUUGACAUGAUGAAAGAGGCUUUGGAAAAACUUCAGCUCAACAUUGUGGAGAUGAAAGAUGAAAAUGCAACCCUGGAUGGCGGGGAUGUCUUGUUCACAGGCAGAGAAUUUUUUGUGGGCCUUUCCAAAAGGACAAAUCAACGAGGUGCUGAAAUCUUGGCUGAUACUUUUAAGGACUACGCGGUCUCCACAGUACCCGUGGCUGACUCUUUGCAUUUAAAGAGUUUCUGCAGCAUGGCUGGGCCCAACCUGAUUGCAAUAGGGUCCAGCGAACCUGCACAGAAGGCCCUCAAGAUCAUGCAGCAGAUGAGUGACCAUCGUUAUGACAAGCUCACUGUACCCGACGACAUGGCUGCCAACUGUAUCUAUCUAAAUAUCCCCAGCAAAGGCCAUGUCUUGCUGCACCGAACCCCAGAAGAGUACCCAGAAAGUGCAAAGGUUUAUGAGAAACUGAAGGACCAUCUGCUGAUCCCUGUGAGCAAUUCGGAAAUGGAAAAAGUGGACGGUCUGCUCACCUGCUCCUCUGUUUUUAUUAACAAGAAGAUGGACUCCUGAGGCAGAGUCCCUCCCCUGUGGCCAGCAAGUGGCCUAGGCCAUGCUGGCUGGCGACUGACUCUG